AUGACAUCUACAAAGCCACCUCAGGAACGUUUCGACCAGAAAUUCAACUUACAAUUUGGAUCACAGAUCAUAAUAAUGAUUAUAUUUCUUCAGGCUCGGUCAAGUGAAGGAGUUUCACCGAAAGAGGCGUCAAGGUUGAGUAAGUGGAUAGCAGUUUAUGUACAGAACAAACUGGUUUUCCAUUUUCGGUUGCAACGGAGUUAUGACUCGUUUAUUGCUGCCGUGAACAGAAGACUUUACACUACCUUGCAUAUGUAUAUGAUAGUUCAAUUUUAAUCAGCAGGGUAGCGAAUGCUUGCUUAAAAUGAUAUUAAAAAAGUAAGAAAAUUUUGUCAAGAAAUGUUUUUGGAGCCUAAAUCCAUGGCUAUUUUUAAGCAUUUAUGACUGAUUACCAGUGAAUUACAAAGGUACCUAAAAAAAACUGAUCGUGAUCUCCAUAUGAAUUCAUGAUUGCUUUUCUUUCUUUGCGGCAGAAAGCUGCUUAAAAACCUGAAUACACAAUUAUUAUUCAACUGCAUCCUUUUUUUUUUAAUUUUCAGCUAAGAAUAACAAAUACCCUCUCCUACAAAGUAAAUCUACUUCUAGCGUUCUCAUAAUUACAAAGAUUAAUUUUUCCUCCUUUUUGGCCAAAACCAAUCUUUAAUUUUCAGAUCAAAUCUCAAUCCAAUCAGUCGAAAGUUAGAGAGUUGCACUUUAAAACUUGAUCGCACGAAAAAAGAAAACACAUCUUCCUAACUUUGAACAAGCAUACUAAUUAAGGUAAAAGCUGUCGACCUCCUGCAGGUCCUAAUGUUGAAGAAUCAGUCACCUUUUGUUUACAUUGGCAAUAUUCACAGCAAUGAAAUUUCACUAAACGUAAAAGUCACGGGGAUUACAUGAAAUAUGAAAAGUAUUCCCCAACAAGGAAGCCAUCCAUUAAAAGAAAAACAAAAAUGUACAAGAUCUAACGCUUAACACAGAUGAUACCAAUCGCGUCGUCAUGGAAAAAAGGCUAAAAGCAAAAAAAUGGGAAAUGAUAACAUUACGCAAACAAAAAACCUUCAUGUGAUCAUGUUACGUACUUCAACAAAAACUCAAAAAUCCCUUUUUUUUCUAAAAUUGUUGAUUUGAGUUGAUCUACGAACAACCCCCUUCCCUUAUUUGGAAUUUGAAUGAAAGGUCAUACCGACUGUAAAGGGAUUAUGAUGCAUGUAAUUAGAUUUGCUAAAUAAAUUCCUUUUCGGCUUUUUCAUUUUUUCCUGUUUGCUUUAACCUUAAUUACAAACCCUUCAUCUCGACUGUUACAACAUCAUCUAUCUCAGAAUAGUCGUCCCUAAGGUUGAAAUCAUUCAGAUAUUAUAGUUUUGUGUUUUAUUCAGACGCUGGCUGUUAUAGGUUGCUGCCACUCUCGUAAAAUAAUAAAACUUAAAAGAAUCAAUUUGAAUUAACAUAAAUUGACUUUAAUAAACGUUUAAAGAUUUUCAUUAGAACCCUCUGGCCAAAAAAAAAGAGUUGCGCUGGCUAGUUUCUUAAUUGUGAUCAACUUUUUGGCGUUCUAGCAACCUCGAGCGCUUUUUGCCUUUUUGUGCGAUUUUUUGGCAACUUUUAGGUUUGAUUAGAGCACAAACCAACCUCGAUAAUAUCAAUGAUUUCAUAAAGAAAAUUCGAUUUAUGAAAAUCUCUUGAAUGUUUUGCAGGUCCAUAAUCUAAUCAGUUAGGGCGGAUAAUCGGCUUUACGACGCACAAAAAUGGAUGUCUUUUUUUAUUAUUUUCAAAAUAAUGAACAGAAAUGAAUGGUUAGAAGCUGCCUUUGUUUGCUAGCAACUCUUUAAAGUUAAGUUAUCAUUCCGAAGAACGAAAGGUAUAGCUUUUAGUACACGUUUAUAUAGAAAUAUCAAGAAAUUUAGGAGGCAACUUUUGAAAUUUAGGUGGCAACUUUUGAAAUUUAGGAGGCAACCUUUUGGAUUACUGGUUAUUGUUUAACAACUUUUUGGCAUUCCUGUGUGCAAUUUUCUAGCAUUAUACGUGUACAGUCGGGACAGACCUAUUUCUUGGACCCCUCUCUCCCUCCUACCUUGAUGACAAGUUGACCACCUUGAGUUUUAAAUUACUUAAAAUUACAAGCACGCACGAGAUUAUUCGGGAAGUCUAAAUCAGUGUAUCCGUUUAAACGUGAAAAAUGAAAGACUUAAGAGCAAAACCAUUUUCUAGUUAAAUCCCUGGUUUUUCUUUUUGUUUGUUUUAUUAGAUGGAUCCAUAGUGGACCACUUUGAACGCGUUGGCUGCUUCAAGGAUAAGGAACCAAAACGCGCUUUGCCCAAAAGACUGCACACAUUUUCUGUAAAUUGGACAGACAUGAAUAACUCAUAUUCAAAGAUCAUUCGCGCGUGCGCUGUCAAUGUUUCUAAAGCCGGAUUCCGAUAUUUUGGUAUUCAAUUUCAUAAGGAAUGCUGGAGCGGCGUGAAUGGGAGCGUCACUUACAACAAGUAUGGAAGAGGAGGCAAUUGUGAUUUACUCAACGGAGUAGGAAAAUCUUGGUCAAACUUCGUCUAUCGCUUUGUGGAAGGUUAGUGUGACGUAACAACUUCUAUGAUAGGUAUCUUAACCCUUUAACUCCCAUGAGUGAUUAAGACAGAAUUUCUCCUUACAAUAUCGAUACAAUAUCAAGCAGACAAGUGAUGAGAAUAAAGAAAAAUGUUAAUUAGGGGAUUAUUAGUUGAUCCAAUACAAAAUUCUCCAAACUAACAUCAUAAGAACUAUAUGGCAGACAGUGAGGAGUAUUACCAAUGAGAUCUUGGGAGUUAAAGGGUUGAGCAAAUCACGGCAACGAGGACGAGGCGGAGCCUAAAGGCCAGAACGUGCUUGCGUGUUAAAAGUUUGUUCAUUAUGCAUAGAACAUGAAGAAAUCUCGAAUUUGCGUGGUCUUUAUAGUUCCCAGUUGGAACUUAGCGCUACGCUCACACGUCAAGCUGAAGGUGUGGACCGUGGUGCCGUAAAGGCCUAUUUACACGGUACGACUUUGUCGCAUGCGACAAGCUUACGACAGGCCUACGACACGAAUUGUAUCGUGUAAAUCAAACCUACCACUCGCUUACGACUGUCGUGCACGUCACGAAAAAUGUCGUAGGAUUUUAAAACAUGUUUUAAAACGCUGCGACAAUCGUAGCCGAAAUUGAUAGAAAAUGACGUAUUUUGUGACAAAUUUCUACUGAGUAGGGGAGGAAGGUGAAAUUUUCUUGCGUCAAAAUGGCGGAGGAAGUCGCCUCCGGAAAGUCGAAGACUGCUUCCAAAGCGAAAAAUACAUUCUCAGAUGAGGAAACAGAGAAUAUGAUAUCACUGUGGAGCGAGGAAGAGGUUCUUUUCCUUCUCUUACAAAUUAUUGAAACAAUGACCGCGGCCGACACGAGUGGAAUUGCACGCGAUUUUGGCAUGUAGAUAGUAGGUGAAAAUGUCAUGCGCGUGCAAAUUGUCCUAAGUCAUGUCGUAGGCCUUUCGUAAGCUUGUCGCAUGCGACAAAGUCGUACCGUGUAAAUAGGCCUUAAUAGACGGUAAACACAUCCAGCUAUUCGCAAAAUCCAACUUAAAAGUAUAAAUACAUUUGAAUCGACUUGUUCUUUGGCGUUGCCAUCCUGACUAACCCUUUACACCCUAACAUCAGUAUACAUAUUCUUCAUACUGUUUCUUUAUACAUUUUCCUAAGGUGCUGACAAGGAGAUUUUGUUUACCAUUGAAAAGCUUCUUUCGUUGGUGAUCAUUUCAUUUAUUCUCAUGACCUUAAUGUGUGAUUCAAGGGUAAUAUUGUAAGGGGAAAUUAUAAGUUAGUCACUCUUAUGGUUUAAAGGGUUAAGAUCCCGAUUAGUUUAUAUUGAAUGGCGUUCAAGCACAAAUGCUGCAAUCUGAUUGGUUAUGUUACACGCUACCUAUUCCAUGAUGCAUAGUGAGCAGAGUGCGUGACCUAACAGUGCGUGAUUUUAAGCGAACGGUAAAAAAUAAAUGACUGGAAAACACGUGGCUGUCAUGUUGUUAAGCUAUGAACGCUUUAGACUCCAUGCGUGAUAGCUGAUUUGAGCUUUAGCCUCAACAACCAUCACGCGAAAUAAAACUUUCGAUUAUAAUAAUUUAGUUGUUAAUUUAAAAAGAUUAAGUGAAUAAAUGAAGAGAUAAAUGAAUAGACGAAUGAAUAAAGGUAAAGAUAUCUGUCGACUACUGAUCACUCUAACUUUCAACAGGACUUUGAGAAAAAAGUAGUAAAUAUGGGAAAAUGACCAGCAGCUGUUUGACAGGAAAAAAUAUUUGAAUCUAGUAUCAAGAAAUACACGAUAUUUUUCGAAAACAAGUUGCGCUUAAUUGUGUAGUGAUUUAAAGUACUUUCCCAAAUUUGGCUCUCAGUAAAUGGUAGCUGGAGUCAUUGGUCACCAUGGCAACCAUGUAAUUCAACUUGUGGCGGGGGAUACAGAUCACGUGUUCGAACAUGCACCAAUCCGAGGCCCAAAUGGAACGGACUGGAUUGCAACGGAAGUAGUAUUUCUAACGGAAGCUGUAAUGUGCACAGUUGUGCAGGUAUGAAUUUCUUUAUUACUUUAUUUCAUAUUUCCUAGUUUUGGUCCCAAGUUCAAGCCCUCCAACUUGCUACUCCCUGGAUUCGUACCCAGUUUCCCCCGAGUUCAACUUCUUGAUAGCCAACAGGUCUGCCUUCUGACCGUUGGAAUUUUUAAAAAUUUCCAACUGUUUAAAAACACUCUGCAUUUUCAAUUUGUCUAUAUUGACCCUAAAAAGCCUUAUUGGGGAAGUGGUCAAUUGAUAUUAUUAUAUGUACAUAUUAAAGGGAAGAACUUACCGGCUUUGUAUUCUUGUUUCGUUUUCAGACUAUGAAAAGAGUGAACCCUUCUCUAAGAGAUCAUCUCUGCCACUUGUUGGCCAGUGGUUGGGAAUUUCACUUGCGGUUCUUCUGUGCUUAAGUGGAAUAUUAUGGAUCACUUUGAGAUUUUCCAGAAAACUUCGGUAAGUAAAUUUUCCAUUAUUCUUCCAGCUAGUCUCGAAUUUAUUAAACAAAUCAAGUCGCAGAAACUUUUGUCCGAAAGUUAUCAAAACGUUUUUUUAAGCAAGGUGAAAUAGACAGUAAUGAGGGUAUAAAAACAAGUCUAUAUAGACAAAGUCAAUUAUGUUGGUUUUUUUUUGCUGCAAAAGUUUAUGCAAGAUUUUACGGUACAUGUUUGCUGAACGGCAGAACGUGCUUUGAAUUAAACACAAGCACAUAUUUUAUCAUUUUGAUCAAGUUACCACGGCAACGGUCUAACUUGUCAGAGGCGCCCUUAAAUUUUGGGGGAUUUAGUCUAUUGUUGGGACGUUAGGGGGAACAUAGCUUGAGCAAUUUCGCUGAGCAAAGAUUACCAAGAGUCUUCGAUAACAAAGACAGAAUUUCUCCUUACUUAAUCAAUACAAUAUCAAACAGACAAGUGAUGAGAAUUAAGAAAAACAUCAGUUAGGGGAUAUUAGUUGAUUCAAGACCAAAUUCUCAGAAGUAACAUCAUAAGAACUGUAUGGCAGACAGUAAGGAGAAUAACUAAUGAGAUCUUGGGAGGGAAAGGAUUAGUUUACCACUCCCGCACUGUCUCAACGUUUACAGUAAUCUCACAAUACCUUAUGAGAUUUCACGCACAUUUUAAGGUCCAACUCAGAGCUCGUGGAUCCAUUUGAAAUUGUUUUUGACGACAUUUCUCUGUGUAACCUGAUUGGAGAAGGAGCCUUUGGAAAAGUGUUCAGCGCUGAGUUGAAUAAACAGAUGGAAAAAGGAAAAGAAGGAAAAUCAUCUGUAGCUAAGACGAACAAGCAAAAACUUCCAAAGCAGAAAUACCGGAUUGUUGCAGUCAAAAUGCUACGAGGUAAGAAGCUUGGAUUGGAGUUAGUAGAGGUAGUAGAGUAGUUUGUAGUCUACAAACUCUGCUUUGAUUCAAUUCGUUACUUCCUAACCUAGGGGUCUGGGUAACGUUUUCCAUAAGCGGUUGCCAAUGGUGUAAUGGCUGGCUAUGCCGUAAUGGCGAAACCCAAACACGAGGGCCUGAUCGCAGGCUCAACAAACGGCGGUGAGAAGUCUUAUAGGCGGCGGUAGAUCAGUGGUAACCGCCUUUUAUUGAAACGAUGGAUGUUUCUUAAAUUUGUUCCAAGACGGUGGGAGAACUUUGGAAAAAAUUCCCAAAUUUUUUUACUUAGGUGGUGCAACAGAGGAACAGAAAGAAGAAUUUUUGGAGGAGAUAAAACUCAUGAAACUGAUCGGAUAUCACCGUCAUGUACUGAAUUUAUUGGCCUGCUGUACGAACACUGUUCCAAUGUUUCUGGUGACUGAAUUUGCUAAAUACGGCGAUUUACUCAACUUUCUCCGGAAACGGAGGGAGCAGGUGAGAGAGAGAUGCUUUUGAACCCAUUCCCUUAGAGAAUUUCUUCAUGGCUAUAAAAAAUUAGCACACAUCCUAACCGAACUCAUUAUUAUUGACCACAAAAAAAUACCUCACUACUGAAUAAAGCAAAUGGAGUUAAAUUAGUACAGUGUUACACACAUCAAGAAAAUCACUUAACUUAGGACAGGAAAAUGUUUCUAGUUUUCCAUUUGUAAUCUGUGUUAAUCUUGAGGCGUAUUUAUGAGCAAUCUCUGGUGGCCUAACGCCUAAGGUAAACGAAAGACGAAAAACAAAAAGACAAAGAAAACGAAAAAAAAAUGUUACUGGCAAGGAUCUAAUUAAAAACGCGCAUAUUAUGCAUACCACAUAAACACGACACUUAAAUUGAAACUGUCGCUAUUGAACGUUGAUGGUUUCUUUGUUUUUUUUAAUGAAUUAUUUUUUAUCUUGUUUGCACGCAUUGCGUGCCAUUAAAUUAGUGACGCGAGAGUCAUGUGAUUUCGCGUGACCUCGUGGUUAAGAAAAAAUGAUAAAUGGUUGAGUUGUGAAAUACAAUACAUCUUUGCGGUGGAAGCGUUUUAUACGAAAGAAACUGUCUUUUCAGAUCAAACAAGCAAUUGAGGAAAUGGAAGCAGCGAAACUGUACCAGUCACGAUGCUGUAACUUAGGACUAAGUACCAGUGAAGCAAACCUAUAUGACGUAUGUGGUCUUGCAUUCUAAAUUCUCUCUACGUUAUCAUUGACUCCUAUCGUAACGUAAUAUAAGGCGCCUCUCAAUCACCCCUCACCAGUCAAGACCUGCAGGCUUCUGAUGACCCUCCCCCCCUAACCCGUCUUUCCUACGCAAAAGCUUCAUAGUACCAGUUUUACCCUAAUUUGGGUAAAUGAUACCUUUUUAUAUAAACUGAAGCUUCUGACUCUCAUUUCCAACAGGAGAUCGUAGGUUUCAACUUAAGAAAUACAAACUGUAUUUGGCGUUCAUUGAAUAACUUCGAAGAAAAUUCAGAACAAAUAUAAUACAUCACAGUUUGAUCCUCAGCAGUUUUCCUGUAACUCUUCCUCCUCUGAUAAGCGUCUGCUCUCCAGUAAGCACCCCUCUCCAAGAAAAACGCCUUCCCCCCACCUUCUGUACAAAACGUUUUCUGGCUGAACACCCUCAAAUUAUUAAAACUCUUUGCGGAUGAGGGGGCUGGGGGUGGAGAGAAGGGACAAAGAAGAGAGACCCUGGAUAGGAGAUUGCUCAGGGAAGCAUAUUAGAGCAAGCUGUUAUAAUUCCCAUGGUUGUCUUCCGAUAUCAGAACUUAAGAGUAAUUUGUUUCUUUUUCAGUCUACUGACGAUAUAGAUAAAUAUACUACUGGUCUUGGGAGCUUUUGCAACGAAAAUGGAUACGGAAGUAAUUUGAAGACAGAUCCUCACAUAUUAUAUGAAGAUGACACUCUCAGACCCGCUGAUCUUUUGGCGUUUGCAUGGCAAAUAGCGCAGGCAAUGGUACGAGACUGGUUGUGUGAAUUGAAUCUUUACAGUGAAACCGUUGGACACUCCAAAUUAAAAUGUAGUUUCAAAAUAUCGCUUAUAUUUAAAAUUCUCUUUAACGAUAUCUAGUUUGUUCAGCUCUGCAUAAAAUAGUUUUGAUUUCAGAGCUACCACAGAAUGCUUUUUGAGGUUUGUAUGUCUGUUUUUGUUUUUCUGUUGUCGUCGUUGUUGUUGUUUUAAAUAUGGGAUAAACUAUGCCUCUUAUGACGUGAGCUAUUGUUCCUUUUGCAUGAAAGAUUGCCAUCAACAUCUUCGUACUUAACUUAAAAAUCCGCUCUUCUGUUCCAGGAGUUUAUGUCACGCAAAGGAUUUGUCCAUCGUGACUUAGCAGCUAGAAAUGUUUUGGUUAGUGAAGGCAAGAUGAUGAAGGUAGCAGACUUCGGACUGUCACGUUAUGUGUACACAGAGAAAGUUUAUCACUCUACUAAAACUAAAAAGCUGCCAAUCAAAUGGAUGUCACCGGAGGCCAUUCAUGAUCAGGUUUUCACGACAGAAAGCGACGUGUAAGUUUAAAGUCACGUGAUCAGAGUCCAACUCUUUCCUAGUCAGUCUCCUUCCCCUCCCUCAUUGCGUGACGCUAAGGGUGUGAAAAAGAGAGAGCCUGGUAACUAGGUUGAUUGCUAAGGAAACAUAUCAUUGAGAGCAGCUACUGCUGUAGUUGUUACUCAUGCAUAUCACGUAAAUUUGUUUAAAGCAUGCCUUUCAUACUACCCAAAAAUUGUACAAACAAUUCAGCGAAGUAUUGUAAAAGUAAUCAGUCACUCUGACGGAGGGCUUAUGCUCGAAACAUCAGCUUGAAAACUCUUUACAGUAGACAAUUUACGUUAUCAACUCAGUUGAUAAUACCAAAUUACCUUGUUAUACUCUCCCACCGACGUAGCAUCACAGUUUCUUUAGAAACUUAACCUCUUUAUUUUGUGGAUGUUGAAGAGAAUUGAACACAAACUUGAAUUGGACUGAUCAUUAAGAUAACAUUAGAAAGUGACCGUGACAAUUAACUUGAAUAUUUCGUAAUGAAACGAAAGAGGUGAUGAAUAUGUAACUGCACUAAGUGCUUUCAAUUAUUUGUUUUUAAAGGCCAAGAUCCGAUUAUUAUUAUGAAUAUUAUUAUAUCCUUAGAUGCGUGCUCUGAUUAAUAUUAAUAUCGGAUUAAUAUUUAUUAACAGAUGGUCAUUUGGCAUCCUACUCUGGGAGAUGGCCACAAUUGGUGCGUAACACUUCUAGACGUUUUCUUGAGCUAACAAUAAUUGUUAAUAGAGAUAUUCCGUGCGGCACUAGACGUGUUUUUUUACAGAAAAUAUCUGUUUAGUAUAUACAUGAGUGACGAGUUGGCCUAGUGGCUAACGUGUUGGACUCUGGAUGGAGAGGUCUGGGUUCAAAUCGUGGCCUGGUCACUGAGUUGUGUUUUUGACGAUACACACUUCUCUCACCAGGCCUCGUUCCACUCAGGAAUAUAAAUGGGUGCUUGUUAAGUCAAGUAAGACCUUCGAGAAACGAUUGGCGAGAGGAAAGUGGAAUUUCUACUGUUGUACCCGUAUUCCAUCCAGGGGGAGCACGGGGGGAAAUCCAAGGGGUUUAUCAGAGGUGAAAAUAAUGAAAUGACGAACACAUUUUUCUACAAGAUAAACGGUGCUAUUAUCUGUCAGUUUAUUUAAUUUUAUCACCUAUUGUUCUCCCAAGUAUUUAUCUUCCCUGACUUUCUUCAUUUUUUACUUGAUAAUAACGUUAUAAUGUAACUUCAAAAGGUUGCCUAUUUUGAACUCGGCUCCUUAGCUUUUUUUAUGUUUAUAAGAAAUAUCUUUUCGAAAUUUCUUAUAAUUUAAUGAUUCUCUAAGUUAACCAUUUUUCGUAAACAAGUCAUUUCACAGUUUUUAAAACACCUCUUCCAUUAAUCUUGAUACUAAAUUUAUAUAUGGGUGGAAUUAGUGUCACGCCUCUUAUUUGAGUUAAGUUUGAAACUUAUUAAUUUUAUUGUUUGUUAUGCUUCUCCCUAUUCAAUUUAAACUCAUAGAGCGCAUAGCGGAGGUUUAGCUCUGUUUGCCGGAAAUAAGGGAUGAAAAUGAGAUCAAGGUUUUGCCAUAUUUCGACCACAAUCGUGGCCGUUUAUUUGCUAACAACUCAACUGAAUUAUUCGUGAAUUAUUUCCAAUAAAGAUGAGAGCAAACCCGCCUCGUGAACUCAAUGAUACCCUACAUGAAUGAACUGCCUUGGGAGGGAAAAGAACGGGGAAAACGUUUUCGAACUGAAGCUGGAGAAAAAGAGGCCCGAAACCUGGCCUGCAUGGAUUUAAGUACUCAUAACAAAGAGUCCCAGAUGUAAACUGACCCUAACUAGUAAAACAUUAACUGACGUAGCCAGCUGCAUAAAAUCAUUUAUACCCUAUAGGAAUAAAUUUUCUUUAUGUAUAUAUAUCCAGGUGGUACUCCUUACCCCACCAUCAGCAAUCAGAGAAUUCUUAAAGCUUUGAAUUCCGGAUACAGGAUGGAAAAACCACAGAUCUGUUCUGAUGAAAUGUAAGAUUCCUGUUCAGCUUUUGUAUAAUAAUUCAUUAACAAUUCCAAAAAUGACACCGAUCAAUCUUGAAAUUGCAGGUAUGAACUAAUGCGACAAUGUUGGCGAGAAAAGCCCUCGGAGAGGCCAUCGUUCCCCUUUAUUCGGGAACAACUUGAACGAAUGAUGUUGAGCCGAUCUCCUUAUUUGGAAUUAACUGACGUAAGCUACACUCACGUGGCUUAUUCUGAAACUGAUAGUGACGGAGAUACGAUACAGGAAAACACCGCCUUGUAAAUUGAUGCUGUAACAUCCGUAUUUGGAUCGAUGAAUCAUAUGAUUUUGUAAGCAGUUUUGAUACUGCAAUUCGACAUAGGACGUCAAUCACCCUCAAAAAAGACUGGAGAGAAUCUGAGAGAGUUUGUAAAAACAAAAUUCCCGGACAACUUUACGGGAAGAAUUGAUUAGAAAACGAGACUGUGACGCCAACAGCUGUAAAAUGCUACAAGUAUUUUGUCUUGCAAGACCUUUUCUUUUUCGAAAAAUCAAGUUUCUCACGAGAAACCACCCUCCUCCUUAAAAAUUAUAUCUCACAGAUAAGAGGAUAUUUCAC